CCCUACUACGAUAUCUUUAUCUUCCUUAAUUUUCCCCAAUCCUACACUCGGUAGUCCCCUGCUUUACUUACCUCUUACCUCUUAUCGUUGAGGUACCGUCUGCGAGUUAGCUACAAACACUACGUUCUCUCCAUGCAGCAGCAAUCGAUAUAGAAAUUCAUAAUAUCUGCGCCGUUCUUGAUCCUAUCUUGUCUGCCCACCAUGCCGUACAAUACCCGUCGCAAAUCGCUAUCGCUGCCGUCUCUCGGAAUUCACAUCCCAGUAAAUCGAUCAUCGCCUAAUAACCACAGCAUGGCAUCCUCUAGAUCAUCUUCUGAGAGCUCAUCGCAUCCGAAUAAGAAGUUAAAAAGGUCUUACAACGAUUCUACACCCUCUUCAGCUGCACCCAGUUCAAAGCGGAUUGCCAGCCCUAUCAAGUAUGACCGUACCCCGCCACCCUCGCCUGGUCUUCAAGUCUCCAUUGAGAUGGACGAGUCUGAGCUAUCUGAAUCACUGGAGAUUAAGAAGGUUGAUCUAGAGGGCAUAAACGAUGAGAUUGUUGAAGCUGUUAUCGUACGAUUAGAGGAGACUCACAAUCGGCCUCACUUGGUCAAGGAGUUAGCUACCGCCCUCAUGGAUCAGGUCAAAAUUGUUCAGCAAUCUGCGAACCCUUGCGCUAUCAUUUCUUCUCGACUGUCCACAUAUUUAAAGCGAUCAUGUUGGUCUGCUGUAGCUCCCUGUCCUUUAGCUAAGGAGCUUGAGACCGUCCACCCAAGGCGCACGUACUUUUAUCUGACCACAUGUCCCCAUUUACCUCUUCCAGACCCCACAGCCCAACGUGCUAUUAUUACACCAUCGCUAUCAAGCUCGGCUUCCACAUCCGAAGAUGCAGAUUGCGACCGAAGAAGAGAACUUAGCCUCUCACCUGAAGUUGAUCUUUCGUCGCCUGAGUUGGAUGAUAUGGAUGAGGAUAUUCCCAUGCCAGGUACCCCAAUGGGUUCAGUGUCCGGGUGCCAUCGGCCGCUCAAUGUGCCGCGCAACCCAAGAGGGGAUGAGCCGCCCUUAGAAAAAGAUGAAAAGGAAUUCACACAGACAGCAGAUGGGUUACAAAAACGAAAAGCUAGUGGUCAUUUACUUCGGGUUGACCCCGUUGACCAAGCGCCGAUAGAUGAUGGCAUGCAAAACGAACAGCUCUUUGGUGAACCACCCAGGACUCUCGCGCCGAGUCUGUUACCGCACAUGGUUUUCAUGACCAGCCCUGCAAUGCGACCCAGUAUGAUGCUACCUGUGAAGAAAGAUACAGAGGCAGAAAACUGGACUAAACUAGACUCCAUUCUUGACUGGGAUAGAAGUCCCGAGACAGUCGAGCUGGAUGAGCUAGAUGGUUUACUUGACGACUACUGAAUAUCCUCAAUUGGCCAAGUCUUGAUUUUAAUUCUUGCUUCUAUUACUCUAUUACUAUUUAACGACAAGCUAUCCGUGCAGUUGGCACGUACUUAGCUAUGUAUGAUGAGAUGGGAGACGGCCGCGCAAAUGUUUCAAAAAGGAGUUCGGCUGGGAUGACGUUGGCGCAGCUGGGUUUCUCGCAUUCUGCAUUUAUUCCUCUCAGUUCAUUUCGCCAUUUAUUCCCCUGUUAAAUGGUUCAGCUUCUACUGCUCACAUAC